AUGGAGUAUCUUGUCAUCAAGUAUCGCUAUGUUUUUGUCAUUCUAUUCCUCCUGCCUGCUUCCUUCUUCUUCGAUAUCUAUUUCUUUAUUCGCAACAAGAUAAUUUUUGCCAUGAGAAGCGCUCCUAAACAACAUCAAUCGAGAGUCGAAAAUGUCCAAAAUCAGAUUAAGCAAUGGCAAAACUCACAACCACGUAAGAAAAUGUGUACUGCUAGACCUGGCUGGAUGAAUGUUUCUUUAAGGCCUGGGCAAUAUAAGAAAAGAUCUCAUCAAAUUGCAGUAAAUUUGGUAGAUAUAUUAAAUAUAGACACCAAACGUCAAACUAUCACCGUAGAACCGUUAGCUACCAUGGGGCAAAUUAGCGCAACGCUUAAUCCUCUAGGUUGGACUUUGGCUGUGUUACCUGAACUCGAUGAUUUAACAGUAGGUGGUCUGAUUAUGGGCACUGGGGUUGAAAGUUCCUCUCAUGUUCAUGGAUUAUUUCAACAUAUUUGUGUAUCGUAUGAGCUUGUGCUUAGUGAUGGUCGUGUGGUCGUUGCUAAUGAGAAGGAGAAUUCUGAUCUAUUCUAUGCUGUACCCUGGUCGUAUGGAACGCUAGGCUUUCUUGUAAGCGCAGAAAUCAAAAUUGUACCUGCAAAGAAAUAUGUCAAGCUGAAUUAUCAACCUAGUCAUAGCCGCGGUGAAAGCAUAAAGUUAUUUGAAGAGGCAUCCAAUGAUGAAACUAACGAUUUUGUGGAGGGGUUGAUGUAUAGUUCUGAAGAGGCAGUUAUUAUGACUGGGACCAUGACCGACAAUGUAGAACCAGACAAAUUACAAUUAACCGUAUUGGCGAUUAUUGGAAACCAUGGUUUUAUAAAUAUGUUGAAAAUAUUUUGCGCGGAGGGCCCAAGACGGAAUAUAUUCCUUUACGACAUUAUUAUCAUCGACACAGUCGUAGAUAUUAUUCCAUUUGGUAACAACGUAAUUUUUCGCUAUCUUUUUGGUUGGAUGACACCUCCAAAAAUUUCUUUAUUAAAAUUAACCCAAACCGAAGCAAUUAAAAAACUGUAUGAGAAACACCAAAUUGUUCAAGACAUGCUUGUGCCGAUGCAACGUCUCAACGAGUCGUUAGACGUAUUUCAAAAAGAAUUUCAAAAUUAUCCGUUAUGGCUUUGUCCUAUGAAAUUAUAUAAAGUUCCUGGAUUCGUCAAACCGGCAUCUAAGGUGGAAGAAAUGUAUGUUGAUAUAGGAGCUUACGGUGAGCCUAAAGUUGAAAAUUUCGUCGCAAAAGAAACUAUCCGAAGAAUUGAACAUUUUGUUACGAGUGUUAAAGGAUUUCAAAUGCUAUAUGCGGAUUCGUACAUGACCAGAGAAGAAUUUUACAAGAUGUUUGAUCACACGUUGUAUAAUAAGUUAAGAGAUAGCAUUCCAAACUGCAAAGAUGCUUUUUCAGAAAUAUACGAUAAAGUGUCAUUUGCAGCGAGAAAUACAUGA